CGCGGGAUGUCCCAGUCGUGGCUCUGGGCUGCUCCUGUCCCAUCAUCAUGAAGCUGAGACUCCUGCUGCUGUGUGUACUACUGGCGUUGCUCUUUGUCUCAUGUGAGAUGAAGAAGAAAAAAAAAGACAAAAAGAACGGUCACGGUCACGCUCAUGGGCAUCAUCAUCAUCGUGGAAGACACGGCAAAGGACGGUUUGAGGCGAUCACAAAUGAUGAAUUCUUCAAGGUAACAGGUGACGCUGAAGGCGAUGAUGACGAUGAUGAAGACCACAGCAGCGACUGGCUUUAUGACCUCCAGGAACCAGAAGGUCUCUGCGACUCCAACCCUUGUCGUAACAAUGGAGUUUGUGAAGAAAAAGAGAAAGGCAAGAGGAAGUUCAAAUGUACCUGCCCAAAACCGUUUAAGGGCAAGAUAUGUGAAAGAGGUCCAAAACGCUGUAAAAAAGGCAGAUGUGGCCGUGGAGAGUGUGUGGUGACCUCUACACCUCCAUAUUUUGAGUGCAAAUGCAAAGAGCCUUUCAAGCCUCCAAACUGUGUCCAGUAUUCUGUUUGCGACCCUAACCCGUGCAAAAAUGAAGGGAAGUGUGUCAGAGAUGGCAAUGACUUCGAGUGCAUCUGUGCCAAAGGGUUCCGUGGACAAUACUGCGAAGUCGGUCCAGAUGACUGCUACACUGGGGAUGGGGAGUCCUACAGGGGGAAUGUGAGUGAGACGGACGACGGUCACGAGUGUCUAUACUGGAACUCUCACUUCCUCCUGGACUCUGGCACCGACCCCUUCAACUCCAAUGAGGACGAGAAUGGACUGGGCCCCCACAAUUUCUGCAGAAAUCCAGAUGGUUCUCAGAUGCCAUGGUGCUUCUACCGGAAAGGUCACAAACUGUUGUGGGACUACUGUGACGUGAGACACUGUGACGACCCAACAGACGAACCACCUACGUCUAAACCCACAGACCAGCCUGAUCCGACCCAGCCCGCCCCUCCCUCCCCUAAGCCAACAGAACCAGUGCCCCCCCCUCCAGGUCCCACUGAGCCUGGGCCACCUGCCCUCACCACCACCCCCGAUGACGACCUUACUGUGGCCCCUGCCACUACCCCUGCCACUGCCCCUGCCACUACCCCUGCCCCCACUAAUGCCACCAACACCACUGACGCACAGUUCAAGACAUGCGGACAGGCACAGCCCAAAAAACCCAUCACUCGUAUUUAUGCGGGUCUUAAAGUUGCUCCUGGUGCCCUGCCCUGGCAAGUGUCGAUACAAGUAAGGCCACAGAACUCCAACUUGUCCUUCAGACACCUCUGCGGAGGAAUCCUCAUCGAUAGCUGCUGGGUGCUGACCGCUGGACACUGUAUUCACCAAAAUCGGGAUAUGCAGGUGGUUUUGGGAACCCAGGAUCUUGCCUCAGAAGAACCCAAUGAACAGGUGAUAGCUGUGGAGGAGGCCAUUCGGCAUGAAAACUACAAUGAGAAACCAUAUGCUGUUUACAAUGACAUAGGUCUGCUGCGCCUGAGAGGUCAAAAUGGACACUGUGCUAAAGAGUCUCAGUUUGUGAGGACGGCCUGUAUCCCAGACGCCCCACUGCCUGAUGGGACAGAGUGCACAAUUUCAGGAUGGGGGGCCACUGAGAACUCCACAGGCUCAGAGCACCUGCUCGAGGCCCAAGUGCUGCUGAUCAACCAAGAAAAAUGCUCCAAACCUACCGUCUAUGGCAACGUCCUGGACGAGGGCAUGCUGUGUGCGGGACACCUGCAGGGAGGGGUGGACUCUUGCCAGGGUGACUCUGGUGGUCCUUUGACCUGUGUAGAGAACAACGCUCAUGUGGUUUAUGGGGUGGUCUCCUGGGGCGACCAAUGUGGCAAGAAGAACAAGCCUGGGGUCUACACUCGUGUCUCACACUAUAAGGACUGGAUAAAUUCUAAGAUUUCUCCUCCACCAAAAUAAGUCUAAUAGGGUCAAGUUUAAGCCGAGGUAUCAACGUGAGCUGUUAAUAUGAAUGUGUGAGCCUUUUGAAUCAAGAUCAUUUGGAUUCAGUGCAUCUCAACCUGCCAUUUUGUUUUUCACUGGGCCUUUCCAAUAAAUUCCUAUAAAACCAGACUGUUUUCUAAUUCCAUUUCACAAAAAACACUAGCUAUAUUUACAUUCACCAAAACAUCUGAGUAUUACUAGAUUUCUGGUGUUGUAAAUCACAAAAUCCAUGAUCCAAAUCCAAAACCAUGAUCAGAAAUAAAUCAGAUUAUUCUCAUCAGAAUGUGUUGUUUAAAUGUCAUUUUAAUAAUCGGACAACUCCAGCAGUAACCUGAUAAUAAUCAGAUUUUGAGUGCACAUGUAAUGGCACACACUGAUAGUUCUAAAUAACUUUCUAAUGAGCCAGAAUAUAAAACUGCAUUAUGAGCCAGUAGCAAAAGGAUCUGGUAUGAACGCAAACAACAAUGGAUGAAAAUAAUUCUUGUCAGAGAUAUAUAUUCAAAGAAAAUCAGACUGAAAUAGUACAUUUAAAAAAAAAUAAUAUAUGGAUUUCUCUUAAUGAAAAUAUGAAUGUAGCACUAGCUUAGGCUCUGAAGAUCCGCUUUAGUAGGUGGACCUAGCGUGGACCUAGAAGUAAAGGCACCAAUGUCCUCUUUGGUCAACUGAGCAGAGCCAAACAGUUCACUCAUGGGUCAUUUAUUUUCUGAUUCAAAUCAUGUCAGUCAUGCAGAACACGGCCAUAAAUACAGUAAAAACAAUAUUAUCUUCCAACUCCAGACCACAGCAUAGGUAAGGUGUGUCUAGUCUUUCAUGUAUUUUUAUAAUGUCCUAAAACAAUUAAAAUGGUUGAUUCAUUCAGUGUCUAUGAAUAUUUUUGAAUGAAAUGGAAAAAAACACUGGACGAGUGUCUGGGGUGAGGGAAGCCUGUGUAUGUUCAGUUAUACUACUACCGUCUUGAACAGGCAUUGAUUUUUGGAUGGACUCAUGCAAAGCCUAAUAUCCAACAGUGUCAGAUUCAACAAAACACACUAUUUACUUUUCUGAUGUAGAGCCCACCACCUGCUUAUCUCCAUGGAUACAUUUCUGCUUUCCCUUGUAUGUUCCAUAGUAUGGCAUUAAACAAAUCUCUCUGGCAUUUGUUC